AGUACUUUGAUCGGAAGCUGCCUGCGGCUAAGCUGCUAGCUUGGCUGAUAAGAAGCUAGCUCUCUGGUUUGUUGUGGGUGCGGACAGCCAGGCUGUGAUACAGACAGUUGACGAUUUGAAACUUAAAGAGGACUAUGAAGCUAAAGGAGAUCCAGAGGACUGCCCAUCAGGCGUGGAGUCCUGCCUCGCACCACCCCAUCCACCUGGCCUUAGGGACAUCAGCUCAGCAGCUGGAUGCCUCUUUCAACACCACAGCUGCCCUAGAGAUAUUUGAGGUGGAUUUUACUGACCCAUCUCUGGACAUGCAGCUCAAAGGGUCAUUACCCACCACGAACAGGUUGCACAGCAUCGUGUGGGUGAAUUUUGGAAUGGGAGCGGAUGGUACUGGAGGGAGACUGGUUGGUGGCAGUGAAAAUGGCACAUUAACUGUAUAUAACCCAGAGGUCAUAAUGAACUCCGGAGCAGAGGCAGUAGUGGGACAGUCUGACAAGCACACAGGACCCGUCAGAGCACUCGAUUUUAACCCUUUUCAGAGUAAUCUCCUCGCAUCAGGAGCAAAUGAUUCAGAGAUAUAUAUCUGGGAUCUGAACAACUUUAGCAGUCCGAUGACACCAGGAGCAAAGACACAGCCUGCUGAGGACAUCAGCGUUGUCUCCUGGAACAGGCAGGUCCAGCACAUCCUGGCCUCGGCCAACCCCAGUGGGAAAGCAGUCGUGUGGGACCUGAGGAAGAACGAGCCCAUCAUCAAGAUCAGCGACCACAGCAACAGGAUGCACUGUUCGGGAAUGCUCUGGCAUCCUGACGUGGCCACACAGUUGGUGCUGGCCUCUGAAGAUGACCGACUGCCAGUCAUCCAGAUGUGGGACCUCCGUUUUGCCACAUCGCCCCUUAAAGUCCUUGAGAACCACACAAGGGGAAUUUUGUCCAUAUCUUGGAGCCAGGCUGAUGCUGAGCUCCUACUGAGUAGCGCUAAAGACAACAGGAUCCUCUGCUGGAAUCCAAACACUGGAGAGGUCAUUUAUGAGCUUCCAACAACAAACCAGUGGUGCUUUGACGUCCAGUGGUGCCCCAGGAAUCCAGCCCUACUUUCAACAGCCUCAUUUGACGGCAGAAUCACUGUGUACUCUGUGAUGGGAGGCAGCCUGAAGGCUCAGCAGCAGAGCACAGCUGAUAAGAUAUCCUCCUCAUUUGAUUCAAUGGAUCCCUUUGGUACGGGGCAGGUGCUGCCUCCCCUGCAGGUUCCUCAGCCUUCAAUCCAGGACACCAUAGUCCCCCCUCUGAAGAAGCCACCGAAGUGGGUGCGCAGGCCAGUGGGGGCUUCCUUUGCUUUUGGUGGAAAGCUGAUAACCUUUGAGAAUCCCAAGAUGCCUCCAGUGCAGAGCCCCCAGCCUGUCCCCAGGCAAGUGUUUGUGAGCCAGGUUACCACGGAGACGGAGUUCCUCCAGCGCUCGAGGGAGCUGCAGGCGGCGCUGCAGGCGGGCUCCUUCAACAACUACUGCCAGGCCAAGAUUCAGGCCGCCAAGUCCGACGCUGAGCAGGACAUAUGGAAGUUCCUUCUGGUAAACUUUGAGGACGAAGCCCGCGUUAAAUUCCUCAGACUUUUGGGUUUUAGCAAAGAUGAGCUGGACAAAAAGAUUUCAAAAUGCCUGGGGAAGAGUUUUCAGCCCAAUGGACAUGGAGUCGAUGCCAAAGAUCUGGCAGAAAAGAUGCAGCGACUCUCCACUGAGAGAUCUGAUGUAGCAACUGUGGUAGGUGAUGCUAGAACCUCAGGUUCUGUGUCACCUGCAGACUUCUUUAGCCAGACGCCAAAGGAAAACUCCAACUUCCAGAUACCUGUAACAUGUGAUACUGAUGGUUUGAUAAGCCAGGCGCUGCUGGUUGGUAACUUUGAGGGAGCCGUGGAUCUGUGUCUGAAUGACGGUCGUUACGCUGAAGCCAUCCUGCUGUCCAUCAGUGGAGGAGAGGAGCUGCUCAAGAAAACUCAGCAGAAAUACUUAAGCAAUCAAAAGAACAGCAUUUCAAUGCUCAUUUCAUCAGUGGUGACCCAGAACUGGAGGGACAUUGUGCAAAGCUGCGAGUUGGACAAUUGGAAGGAGGCUCUGGCCGCUCUGCUGACCUACGCUCACCCUGAAGAUUUUGCCCGUCUGUGUGAUACCCUGGGAGGCCGGUUGGAGCAUGAGAAGACAGAGAAGCGCUGCCUGCAGGCCUGUCUGUGUUACAUCUGCUCUGGGAACAUUGAGAAGCUGGUGGAGUGCUGGGCGCUGCACAGAGACUGCUCCUCCCCUCUGGGUCUAGAGGAUCUGGUUGAAAAAGUAAUGAUGCUACGCAAGUCAAUCGAACGCCUCCGCAACAGCGAGGUGGCAGUCCAGAGCCCGAUCCUGGCCGAGAAGCUAACCUGCUACGCUGGGAUACUGGCUGCAGAGGGCAGUCUGGCCACUGCAAUGACCUACCUGCCUGAGAACUCAGAUCAAGCUGGGAUCAAGAUGCUGAGAGACAGGCUGUUUCACGCUCAGGAAGAGGCUGCCGCCGCACAGCAGCCUCAAAACUCCUUCAACAGAGUCAACGUGUCCACAGCCAAGCCCACGCCUGCUGCUCAGGCUCCUGCACCAAAAGCACAAAUUAUGAGUCAGUACCAGCCCUCUGCUCCUCCCCAGGCUGCCCAACAGCAGCCUCCUAUGCCAUCAUUUUUUAACCCACAAGCUCCAGCCAACACCGGGCCUGGUCUGCCGCCGCCUUCUCAUGUACUGCCGCCCAGUGCAACCCGCCCUGCUUUGAGGCCUUCCUACCCCCAACAUCCUGCUCCGGCUCCAGGUUUCCUUCCUCAUCAGCCAUUCCAGCCUCAGCCUAUGCCCAUCGGCGGACCCUCAGGCUUCCCUCCAGGUCCUUCUAUGCCAGCUGCUAACUUAUCAGGACCGCCACUACCGCCUCCGUCAUCGAACCCUGGAGGCAUGCCCCCGAUGCCCAGCCCCGGGGUUCCACCGACGAGCUUCAUGCCGACUACCUCUUUACCGUCAGGCCCCAUGGUGCCCAGCUCCCAACCCGGAGCCCCGGUUCCCCUGUACCCAGGGGGCCCCCACAGCCAGGGGCCUGCACCCCCUAUGGCAUCUGGUCCCUACGCGCCUCUCGGAUCAGGGUACCCACAAGGAGGCCCCGGAGCUCCUGCUGUAAAGCCCUUCUCUGCCCCUGCUGUUGCUCCUCCGCCCACAGGACCCCAAGAAGGCUGGAACGACCCACCAGCAGUACGAGGUGGACCCCGGAAGAAGAAGGUGCCUGAUAACUACACUCCACCAGCUCCCAUCACUGCCCCUGUGAUGGGAUUCCCUGUGGAGGCCCCUCAGCCUCACGAUCACGCCCAAGUCCCACCUGGAGCCCCCCAGGAGCCCAGCGUGCAGCUCCUGCAGCAGCUGCCAGCAGAGAGGGUGGAGCAGAAAGAAAUCCCAGCUGAACACAUGGUCCUUAAAUCCACCUUUGACAGUCUGGUGCAGCGCUGCCAGCUCGCUGCAGGAGACCCUCAAACAAAAAGGAAACUUGAUGACGCAGCCAAACGUUUGGGAUACCUGUAUGACAAGCUGAGAGAGCAGUCGCUCUCUCACAACAUCCUGAACGGGCUUCAUGAGAUCAGCCGCUGUGUGGCGAGCCAGAACUACCAGCGGGGCCUGGAGGUCCACACCCAGGUGGUCAGCAGCAGCAACUUCAGCGAGAUCUCCGCCUUCAUGCCCAUCCUCAAGGUGGUCAUGACCAUCGCCAACAAGCUGGGCGUCUAACCCCCCCUCCCCUGGGGGACACUACCAACCAGACUUCAGUGUUGUCAUAUUGUUAUAUAUGUAUUUAUUUCUUUUUGACCUGAUGAUGCGCUUUGAUAACGAGAAUAAUAACUGAUGAUAUUGCAGAUUGUGGUCUUCAUCACUCCAUACAUAUUCCUUCCCGGAGGCUGAUUUUGGGGGCAGUUGAGGUGGAUUUUUGUAGUCGAUGUUGCCGUGGUAAUUUUAUGAUAAAAAUGAAUGUAUUCUGAAAGUUGUGAUUCUGUGUAAAUUCAACAGUUGAUGUAAAAUACGAAGUUUGAAUCAAGGCGGUGUUUGUAAAAGUAGUUACAUUUUUCAUAGUCCGCAUUACACUCGACACCCGCGUGUGUAUUUCCUCUGAUAACUUCUGAUUGAAUACAUGCAGUGCUUCAACUGCAGAAAUAAAAUUAAAAAAAAAACAUCUGGGACGAGCAGCUUCUUAAAAUGGCGAGAAUAAAAACUUUGGUUGCACUUGCUGUCUAUCCUGUUGGUGUAGUUUGUACGAGGGAGAAAACGCGCCAUGUUCUUUCUACUGUGUGUCAUUUCACGCAUCGAGAAAACACUGUAACAUAAAUACUGAUUGUUCUCCCCACCUGCUGUAACAGAUUGUGUCCAGUUGAUUGUGCCAUGAGGGGCUUUUGGGCCAAAGCACUGCAGAAGAAUGCCAUACAGUGAUUGUCAAGAUGCUGUCUAUUUAAUUUGUUCUUAAUUUUGUGUUAAAUGAGCUCUUUUAGCACUGUUACUUCCUGAUAGCUUGUGUGCGACUGACAUUUUUCUUUUUCCCCUCAGAACUGCUUCAGUGUGCAUGUUUCUCUGCUGAGUUCGCACGGCAGCUCAUAAACAAAAAUUACAUUAAUUUAUGAUGAACUGCAAAUGAAUUGACAUCCAUGCUCUGUUAAAGAUGCUUUCACACAUCGAUCUAUAACUCUGGACUACUUUUUUUUUUUUUUUUUUAAAUCAUAUUUGUUUUAGAUUAGAUCAUACGAUGAACUUAACUGACCUGAAUAAUGAAAACAUGAUAUUUUUCAGAGGUUUGAAGCUGGACAUAAAGCUGGAUAGUUUGGUGUAUCAUGGCAGCAGAAGGCAGUAAAGUGCCUCUGUGCUCAUUUUGGUUGCACAGAUAUUUAUACAAUCCAUGUUGCUUACUUUACUCAUUUCGGUAUCUUUUUCAAAUAAAACUUCACUUCAAAGGUU